UUGACAUAAUAGGUUAUGUUUACAACAGUUCGCACGUGCUGUAUGCCAGAUUCGUAAAGCUGCUUCUAAAUACAACAUUAAUUUAAAAUAUGGUAUCAGAAGGUACUCAGGCCCAUAGGGCUGGUAACCUUAAGCAAUCGAAUAAAAAGUUCAAUUCCGGAAGGCAUCAUUCUAAGAGGUCAAUCUCUAUCUCGACGAAAGGAAAGGUCAAUAUCAAAUCAAUUUUGCGUAAACAAAAAGGAGAAUUAAGCAAGGAGCAAAAGAGGCAUCAAGCAAACCAAAUCAGGAAAAAUAAAAGAGAUGAAGUUUUAAACCAAAAACGCUCAAUUGGUGGCUUGGAUACAUUACCAUUUUUAGUAUGUGUUUUGCCAUUGCACCAAAACAUCAAUCCUGAAAUUGUCACAAAGUUAUUAACAGAAUGUGAUGAAGAUGCUGAGAUCCAUAAAAGUAAUUCUGGUGUUGUACACAUUACUUUACCACGUUUUAAGCAAAGGUUUGCAUUCAUUAUACCAAGCUUGGACAAUAAUUUGGCUAUAUUAGAUACUCUUAAAGUUUGUGAUAGUGUUCUGUUUAUAAUUUCUACAAAUGCAGAACUUGAAUUUGGACCUAAUUUAAUUGAUGAUUGGGGUAAAAACCUUCUGAUUUCAUCUUUUUCACAGGGAUUACCAACACCAACAGUUGUUGUUACUGACUUAAAUACACUCUCAGUUAAAAAGCAAAAUGAUCAGAAACAAAACAUAAACAAAAUGAUUAGCAAAUGGUUGCCUGAUGAAAAAGUAAUUACUUUGGACAAAAGUACAGAUGGUUUAAAUGUGCUAAGGAAAAUUGGAAAUCAAAAGAAACGUAAAAUUAAUUGCGAUCGCAGACCGCACAUCUACGCUGAAAGCUACGAAUACAUUAAAGACACUGAAGGAGUGGAAGGAACUUUAAAAGUAACAGGAUACUUGAGAGGAACUGCAUUGUCUGUAAAUGAUUUGGUUUAUAUACCAGGACUUGGCAAUUUUCAAAUGUCUCAAAUUGAUGCACCACAUGAUCCUUUUGCACCACAAAAGAAAAGCAAAUCUGCAAAUAGCAUGGAGCAGGAGGAUACCACUGUUGUGAGAGUUUUAGAAAGGGCUGACGUUAGUAAACAGGAAUCAUUGCAAUCUGAAAACGUACCAGAUCCUUUAGACGCUGAACAAACUUGGCCGACUGAGGAUGAAAUACGUUUAGCACAAAUGGAGGAUAAGUCAAUAAAAGUAAAGAAAGUUCCAAAAGGAUGGUCGGAUUAUCAAGCUGCUUGGAUUCCUGACACGGACGCACAGGAUAUUAGUGACGAUGAUGAAGAUGUGGACGAGGAAGAAGAAGAUGAUGCCAUGGAAGCAAUGAGCGACGAGGAAUCAGAGGAUGGUGAAGAGCAAGACUUGGAAUCGGUUGUAACACAAUCGGAGAUCGCUGUGAACGAUUUACAGUACGAUCAGCAAUUGGACCUAAUGACGGAACAGGCUGAUUUGAAGAAACUGAAGGCUGCAAAAUUGGAUAAAAUGUUUCCCGACGAAAUAGAUACACCGCAAGACGUUCCGGCUAGGGUACGAUUCCAAAAAUACCGAGGUUUAGAAAGUUAUCGAACCUCUCCAUGGGAUCCGAAAGAAAAUUUACCCGCAGAUUAUGCAAGAAUAUUCCAAUUUCAGAACUUUGAUCAUACUAAGAAAAGGGUUUUAAAUGGCUCUAAAUUGAAGGAAGGAGCUAUGCCAGGAUGGUUUGUUACAGUGCAUGUCAAAGGAGUUUCUCAGUUACUUUGGAGAGCGUUUGAAACCACAAGUGCUCCAGUAAUUUUGAUUGGAAUGUUCCCACAUGAAGGGAAGAUGUCUGUUGUAAAUGUGGUUUUAAAACAUGCUGGUCAAUAUGAGCAACCAAUCAAAUCAAAGGAAAGGUUAAUUUUUCAAUGUGGAUACAGGAGGUUUAUAGUUAACCCAAUAUUUAGUCAACAUACAAAUGGAAAGAAGCAUAAAUUUGAAAGAUACUUCCAAGUAGAUUCAACAAUUGUUGCUACAUUUUAUGCUCCCAUACAAUUUCCUCCAGCGCCCGUGGUUUGUUAUAAGGAACAUAAUGGUCAAUUGAUAUUGGUUGCCAAUGGAAGUUUAUUAUCCUGCAAUCCCGAUAGAAUAAUAACUAAACGUAUCGUACUUUCAGGACAUCCAUUUAAAGUCCAUAAGAGAUCUGCCGUUGUCAGAUUUAUGUUCUUCAAUCGUGAUGAUAUCGCUUACUUCAAGCCAUGCAAACUACGCACUAAACAUGGUCGUAAUGGGCAUAUUAAAGAACCUUUGGGCACUCACGGACAUAUGAAAUGCGUUUUCGAUGGGCAACUCAAGUCGCAGGAUACUGUGCUACUAAAUCUCUAUAAAAGAAUAUUCCCCAAGUGGACAUACGAAGAAUGCAUAGUCAGCUGCGUGGAUAGCAAUAUCGAUGAUGAUAUGGAAAUGUAAUGGAUGCGUAAAAAUAGUUUA